AUGUCUUUCAAGAGUUCCGUAUCAUGCUCUAUUUGUAAGCGACGACAUCACGCCUUGCUGCAUCGAGAUGCGAUUCCAAAGAAGGCCGCUUCACCUGCAGCACUACUAAGUCGACAGGAAGCGCCCACUGUUAUUUUAGGUACUGCUCUGGUCCAUGUUCGGGAUACAGUAGGGAGUUUCAGGUCAGUGCGUGCACUGAUUGACUCCGCAUCGCAAAUUAGUGCUAUAACUUCGGAUUGCUGCGAUAGGCUAGGUCUAAAACCGUCACGUUGGACUGUUCCGGUUUCAGGUCUCUCUGGGCAGAAAGUCCCGGAUGUGCAAGGUCUUGUCCAAUUGGUUGUUCAACCUCGGAACUCUUCCUCGCCGUCUAUUCCGGUUAAGACUUGGGUUCUGUCGUCAAUCACGUCUGAUAUGCCAGCUAGACAAUUACCAAUUCAAGUCCGAACUAAAUGCGGUCAGCUGUUCUUAGCAGAUCCAUUGUUCGAUAAACCAGCUCCGGUAGAAUUGCUCUUUAGGGCGGACGUUUUCCCUCAAAUUUGGAAUGAGAAAAGCGAUUCAUUUGGCCCUGGUUACCCAUCUGUGUACAGCUCUAUCUUCGGAUGGGUGCUGAUCGGCCCUGUCCAAACUCAUCCGGAUGUGGGGGCUCAAUCCAUGCUGGUUUCGUUAGUAUCGUCCAUGGAGACCUUGAUAGAAAAGUUCUGGAAUGUUGAAGAACCUGAGGUUGCUCCACCUCAAUUUACAGAAGAUGGCUUGUAUGAGAACCUUUUCUGCUCUGAGGUUACUCGUGAUGACCGAGGUCGAUUUUCGGUUCCUCUUCCGUUCAGACCAGAGAGGAUUUCAGAAGAGUUUCCGGGAUCACGACAAGUCGCCUUAAACCGUUUCUUACAAUCAGAGCGAAAAUUGUCUGCAGAUAAGAUUUUGCACAAAGCGUACUGUAAGUUUAUGAACGACUAUGAAGAAUUGGGUCACAUGAGUCUUGCAGAAGGUGCUGGUCGAUAUUUCAUACCGCAUCAAAAGGUUGAAGCAGACAGUCUGAAAUUAAGAGUAGUCUUUGAUGCUUCAGCUAAAUGCCAUUCCGGAAUUUCCUAG